CGCGUGCGCUUGCACGUUUCCUUUUAAUUUCAAAGUUUUCCGACAUUUGAGCGUCGUUUUAUUACAAUAUUUUGCAUUUUCCCUCUUAUUUUCCCUGUUGCGAUGAACUUGUUCGUUGCGCACGCAGCGGUUGAGCUGAUCGCUAUUUCAUUUUUUACACAUUGAGGGUUUUGUGUGUGUGUGUGUGUCUGUCUGUCAGUGGAUCGGGACGAUGCUCGCGGAGACUGGGACAAGUUGGCUGGAAGAGCUCCGCGCGGACACACUCUCUUACAGUUAUUAUAAUUAUAAUAAAGUCACAGCGAAGAUGCCGAGGAGCUGAGGAGGAGAACUCGACCUACUGUCUUCUUACUCUCUUUUUACUGUCUUUUUCCAGCGGUUCAAGUGACCUCGGACCCAUUUCGUGUACGACACACUCACGAAGAUAAAGAGGAAACAAGCACCACUAGGAUUCUGAUCGAGGGAUUUUUUUUUUUUCUUUUUUUUUUUCUUUUUGCCAGAAAAAGUGAUUUCCUCCACGCGCGUUCUCUCCGCUGCAAAUUAUUCCCAACAAACUGAGGCAGGAAUUUUGGAAAGGGGGGUAAAAAAAAAAAAAAAAAUUUCAGUGUUCGAGGAAGGAAUUGCCCUCGCAUGUGGGUUUAUUUGAAAUUUUGAGACGUUCUAAGAAGAGGGGAGGAGGAGGAGCGCUUCCGCGGGGCGCGCGCUGCUGCUGCUGCGGCGGCGGCCCACGAUGGACGAUCAGACGCGCAUCAUGCACGCGCUCGGCGGCGUCGGCCUCGGGGUGCAGGGCGGGGUGCAGGGGGGCAUGCAGGGGGUGCAGGUGGCCAUGCACGGGCACGAGGGCGCCGACGGGGACGCGCGCAAGCAGGACAUCGGGGACAUCCUGCACCAGAUCAUGGCCAUCACGGACCAGAGCCUGGACGAGGCACAGGCAAAGAAACACGGGCUCAACUGUCACAGGAUGAAACCGGCUCUCUUCAGCGUGCUCUGUGAGAUCAAGGAGAAGACAGGGCUCAGCAUCCGAGGCGCCCAGGAGGAAGACCCCCCGGACCCCCAGCUCAUGCGGCUGGACAACAUGCUGCUGGCGGAGGGUGUGUCGGGCCCGGAGAAAGGGGGCGGCUCGGCGGCAGCGGCAGCCGCAGCCGCAGCAGCAGCGGGCGGAGCUUCGGACAACUCCAUCGAGCACUCGGACUACAGGGCCAAGCUCUCGCAGAUCCGGCAGAUCUACCACACGGAACUGGAGAAGUACGAGCAGGCGUGUAACGAGUUCACGACCCACGUGAUGAACCUGCUGCGGGAGCAGUCGCGCACCCGGCCCAUCUCGCCCAAGGAGAUCGAGCGCAUGGUGGGCAUCAUCCACCGCAAGUUCAGCUCCAUCCAGAUGCAGCUCAAGCAGAGCACCUGCGAGGCCGUCAUGAUCCUACGCUCCAGGUUCCUCGAUGCCAGACGGAAGAGGCGAAACUUCAGCAAGCAAGCAACGGAGAUCCUCAACGAGUACUUCUACUCGCACCUCAGCAAUCCCUACCCGAGCGAGGAGGCCAAGGAGGAGCUGGCCAAGAAGUGCUCCAUCACCGUGUCACAGGGGGUGGGGAGCACCAUCACAGUGUCACAGGUGUCCAACUGGUUCGGCAACAAGAGGAUCCGGUACAAGAAGAAUAUCGGCAAGUUCCAGGAGGAGGCCAACCUGUAUGCCGCCAAGACCGCCGUGACAGCCGCCCAUGCCGCCGCUGUCCAGAACAGCCAGGCCAGCUCUCCCAGCACACCCAACUCCGGGUUCCAGAUGAAAGACGAGGAGUUUCAGCUGGAUUCUGCUGAAAGCAAGAACAGCCUUUUGACCAACAUGUUUACCGGUUCCUCUGGUUCUUUUAGCCUUCCAAACUCUGGUGACUUAUUCAUGAGCAUGUCGACUCUGAAUGGGGACUCUUACCCGGGCGCUCAGGUCGGAGCCGGUGUGCAGUCGCAGGUGGAUACCCUACGGCAUGCUAUCAGUCAGACAGCAGGAUACAGUGAGGCCAUGCGGGGACACUCUCUCUACAGCCCACAUGGACUGAACACCAACGGGGGGUGGCAGGAUGAGCCCGCUCCGUGCUCCGUAACCUCCCCUACGGAGGGGCCCGGAAGCGUGAACUCCGACACCUCGAACUGACCUCUUCCGCCGCUCGCCUCACCUCGGACUCUCGUGAAACACAAGAGGCCAAACCGCAGAUUUAGUCCCGCGUGCCCGCACGAACUCUCUUUUCUGGAUGAUCACGUAUUUUCCCUCCUGGACGAUCGCGACCAUCACGUUUUUGCCCUUCUUGUUUCUCCGGGCCAAUCGGCAGUCUCCGCUCGCACCCGCUUCACACUUUCAAUGGAGUUUGAUUUAUUUUUUCCAAGAUGCUUUUUAUACAGAUACGAACAUCUAUACGGUAUGCGUAUGACUGCAUUACUGCAUAUGUAUGUAUUACGACACAAAACCGACGAUAGCGGACCUCUCCCAGGAUCCUCUGCAGCGUUGUCGUGGAGACCAGCCAACGACAGGCUCGCCACGGAGCUCUGCGAGCUGAGCUCCGCGAACCGCCUGUCGUGUUCUCCUCCCUCUGGACCGGCCUGUUUGUUGGGCUCUAUUUUUACGUUCUUCGUUCCCUCCCCGUCCGUCGCCGAGACAGGUGUCAACGGGAGUCGGCUGUCCCAGAACUGAUCAAGACACGCCGUCCGAUUUGCCGCUCGCCGUACGGAAUACACGCGCGCUGCUGUUCCUGCCACAUAUCGCACCAGGGACUGUAUUACCGCGGUACAGAAAUUUAUACGAGCAGUCGGCGUGUUGUCUUUUCUCAUGGUUGGUUUGCGUUUUUCUUUAUUCUUUACUCUUUAAGCCAGGGGCUCGCUGGGAAAUUUUCGGGGUUCGAGUAUGGAACCCCGGCAGCUUUGUGCUGAUGCGUGUAUCUAAUGGGGCUGAAGCGUCGCACUUAUUGGCAGCUUGGUAUAAUCGUUUAUUAUUUUUCUAAUAUUGUUUUGCCUCGCAGUCACCAAUUCGCAAUAAUUCUGAAGUCGUUAGACAAUGCUUUGCAGACAGGGAAAAUCCUUUAAAAUGUAUUUUAGUGGGUCUUGGCACAUUUACUUCCAUUAGGUUAUUACAUUUAGUCCUUUAUCGAGACUUUAAUAUCACGCUUUACCAAGAAGCCCCCAGUGCGUCUGAAACGUCUCGACCCUGGUCUUGGAUGUGGCUCGGAGACAUGUUGGCCUCACGAAAUCUCUUGUAAAUUACCAUAUGUAUCUUACGCGUGUCCAUCCCACCAAUAGAAACACAGCUUUAUUACCUCAUUGAAACACAUAGGAACCAAUAGAAGUUCAAUAUGUUCUUUAUCUUAGAGUGCUCACUUUACUACCUCUGUAAAUGAUAUCUCUUCUAUGGUUUUUUUUUUU